AUGGCGGGGUCACCAUUACCAGGGACUGAAGACGAUAUUUCUACCAGUGAUGGAUUUGGUGUUCCUAAUCUGACGUCAUACAAUGGGUGCUCGUUGGCAUCGGGCCACGAUAUAUCCCUUGGCAUUCUAAACAUCCGGCUGAAUCCCGUACAUCACGGCCAGGAUGGAAUCUACCAGUUCACACAUGGGGCGACGGUCAUGAAAUGUGUUAAGCUCUUCAUAUACGGUCAACCAAACAAGCCGACCAUCAGUUCCAAUGUCAGUAUGGCGUACGACGGCCAAUCGGUUACUCUUCGAUGCCACAGUGUAUCUUCAACUGUUCCUGGUGACCAUAACCUUUCAAUGACGUACGAAUGGAAGAGAGGAGAACAUGUUGUCACAUCAGAUGGGAAGUUUAUUUUAGAGGCGAAAUCCAGAGGAAGCCUUACAAUAAUGAAUGUUGUAACUAGUGACACAAAGUACAACUUCACUUGCAGGGCAACAGAAGACAGUGGAAACACGUCCCUGUCGAGCGAUGCGUUCUAUUUGAAAGUCGUUUAUGGACCAAAUGCAGUAACGUUGUCACCAUCACAUGUGUCCUACGCCCUGGACGAGACACUGCCGCUAAACAACAUCUCUUGCUUCUCCGACUGUUACCCAGGCUGCACAUACACAUGGCUGAAGGGUGGAGUGGUGUUCAGCAGUGGCCCUGUGCUCUCCCUUGGGUCUCUACUGAGAGGAGAAGCGGGCAACUAUGUCUGCAGAGCAACCAAUCCCGAACGUCCAUCUAUUUCGUUGAACAGUUCGGGCACGGCCCUGAUGUUAUGA